AGCGCCACGCUGACAACUGUGGGGAAGAAAAAUCUAUGCAUAGUGACAACUCCGCUAGGACUGUGCACCAGGGGCGAGCAGUAGGGUUUCCUGGGGAAUAGUGUCUCUUAAUAUUUACCCACAUAAACCAAAAAUCUUUUAAUCAAGAAAGUCCUUUAGCACAAAGUAAUGGCAGCAUUAGGGAAGGCACUAAUUUACGACGGGGACACACACUGCGCGCUGUCCAGCAAAGUUUUACACGUCGUGGCGGCUCCAAAGGACUCGAAUUAUGUAGAUCUAAACGAAUUGCUAGACCUGAAACUGAGCGAGACGAAAGCAGUGCAAGUAAGUUUUACCGGCCAGAAGGACACACUCCAGUGCGUCCGGCUUCCUUCGGCGGAACAUCUGCCCAGACUCACGCGUAAAUGUGUUAAUCUAGAAUGCUGGGAGAAUGGCAAAACAAAAGGAGCAACAGAAACAAAAACAGCUGGCUCUUCUGAAGGACCACAGCUUAGUCAUGAAAGCCUCAUGGACUGUCCCGAGUUGCUCGAAAUGCGCGAAUCGGAAAGAACACUGGAAAUUUUGGAAAAAGAGACCAAAGAACUCGACGAUGGUGAUUUACGGCGCAUGGAGUAUUUCAGCGAGAAAAGCGAGUCGGACGACGAAGUGAGUACGGUGAUCGCGGAUUACUGCGUGCACGAAAUGGCCGGUGAUGAAGCUCACUACAUCACUACGCACGAAAUUCAGCUUUCCGAACUUGACCACGACGUGGACGGUGACUUGGAAACAGUGUCCACUUGGGAUAUCGAUGACGACCACCAGGUCUAUUCGUUCGUGGAUUACGCAUCUGCCGACAACAAUGAACCGAAAGAAGUACAAGUGGAAAACAUCGAGGACGAGGCUCAUACGAUCACUGCAGUGGCAUGCAGUCAAGCAGAAAGUGAUCCGGGCGACAGGAGCGCCACCUCAGAAGAGAAAGCGCCCGAGUGCCAAAGCAAACGCACCGGCCACAUUCACCUGUCAAUCAAAGCCACUUCCAGAGCUAUAAACAAGCCUAGCAACGUCCAAGAAAAGGAUGGAGGCCAUCAUCAUUAUGCCAUUUACACUGAAGACAUGAGCCGUUGUGUUUUAAAGGACACAAAGGGGGUAAACGUAUGCGAUGGCGCAAAAUGUUUGAUUGCUCUGCCCGGGCGUUUGCACUUUGGCAACAAAUUCAAAGGCAAAGAUGUCACAGGGUAUUCCAGCGGCACAUCCAGCGCUGUAAGCGAGUUGGAUGAUGCCGACAAGGAAGUGCGCAACCUCACGGCCAGAGCUUUCAAAAGUCUGGCCUAUCCGUAUCUUGAUGCCAUCAAUUUCAGCACUUCCAGCGAGUCCUCGGCUUCAGAGCGCAGCAAAGGGCUGAACAGGUGGUCAGCACUUGUUGAUCUAAAGUAUGGCAAAGUGAACGUGUCCAAAGGAGGCGGUCACAAUGCAGUGGCCCAUCAAAAUGUCUCGUCUAAUUUUUCGUUGGCAAAAAGGAGGGAGAGUAAUGGGAUAACGGGAUUAACUUUGACCAGUAGAAGAGCGCCCCCAGUUGAGGUAUUUGCUCUGAACGGCAAUCUAGUGAACCCCAAAAACGCAUCGUUAACCAGAGGAAAUGAGCUCAUGGGCACAAUUGGACAGGGUCAGAGUGGUGUAAUACGGCUCAGUGAAACGCUGAAUUUUCGCUGCAAUGUUAAAGCGAGUCCGCCUGCAAACGAACAGCGCGUGAAAUCAGCCCGAACCACGGGAGGAUCACGUUCCGCAGAUGAGGUUACAAACCCUAGGCAAAAGGCGCACAGCAAUCCACCGUGUAAUUCAGAAGAAGCAAUGGAGGACGUGCACAAGAAAUCCAUAUUUGCUUCGAGCAUACUAAAAAAUGUAAUUUCGAAGAAAAUGCAGUUCGAGCAGGAGCGCAAGAUGGAGCGGGGAGAGAUCAUCGAGCCGGGCAGUCACGAGCAUGAAGCGCACCGAGACAAAACUGCGCUCACAGGACUUCACAGACAAAGCUCCAAACUCUCUGAGACAGGAUCCGACUUCAGUAUCGUUUGCCUGGAUGAACUUGGAGACUUCGUGGACAGCGGGUCCAGCGACGCCAAGGACAACGAACGCCUCGAAGAACAUAUCGCUCUCGCAUCAGAAACCAAUUUAGAGUCGCAAAACUGCGCGGCAUUCGACGCUAUAAAAGGAGCUUCGGACGCGUCCAGAGGCGCACUGAUUCGGAGCCAAAAUAGCGCUUUUAGAAGCUGGAGGGACGAAGAGCUAGAGGCUCAAACUGAGCGCAAAAGCAAGCAAACAGACUCGACGAACAGCAAGCUUACAAAAAUGUCGCGCUUAUUUGUGCCAAGCAUCCAACUCGUGUCCGCUGAGAGGGAGCUCGAGAAGACUAAGCCGAUUGCGAAUAAUAACCGUGAAGUGAGAAGUAUGAAUACUCUGUAUGUAUCAGGCGUCGCACAAAAACCAGGAACGUCGAAGUCGCCGGAAAUUAAAAUAAGUUUACGGAGCCUAAGAGACGACCGGAGCGACCCGUUCAGCAUCGCUAAACUCCUUGCUCCCAGUACAGGCUGCAGUUCAGGCGGGUUGACAAAAACAAACGAUGAGCCCAAAUAUCAAGCGCUCGCUGCUGCAGUGAAGAGUGACUCGUCUGAUAGAAUCCCACACUUCACAGUUAGAGACGUUCGAGACAAGACAAAGUUGCAAGCGCCAAUACACCAAGUUAGAGACGUGCGCAAGCUGGUUAAGAGCUCGUAUCACUUUGUAUCUAUGGACAACAACAGCGCGGACAUGGAGCACAAAACCUCCUCACAGAAGGGAUAUCAGAAUCCGACAAGUCUUCCCCCUAUCGUGAUUAAGUGUCAUUCAGUGAAUACAAAUAGCAUUGCAAAGGAAUCAGAAAGAAUCUCAGAUUCCUCGAAUCAUAAACUGGUUGAUGAUAUCCAAGAGGCUGAAGGGACACAUUCUCAGGAGUCUGUAGAUGGUAUCACAACGGGGUCUGAACAAACAGGUAACCCAACUGAUCAAGUGCAGUUAACAAACAUAAAGCAGGAGGGAAUCCCUGAAUUAAGAACUGAGACAAAAAACAGCACAAGGAGGCAAGAGACAAUGUGUGACACAGGUGAGAAAAAGGCUGAUCCCAAGAUAAUUGCUCUGGAGAAGCUUCAGGCUGCUGUUAAGACAAUGGAACAGCUUUAUGUAUUUGACAAAAAUGAGUGGAAGAGAAAAUCUAAGCCACAACCAAUAACUGACAGCCAUGUGCUUUCAUUCCUGAGUACUGAGCAUCACGGAUGUAAUGAGCAAGACCAGGGGAACACUAGUUCUUUAUCUGUCACAAUGAGGGAAGACUCAGUCUCAAACCCAGAUAAACUGGUAACAGCUGGACAGCAAUCAACACGAAAAGAAGAAAAGGAACCGUUUAAAAUUUCACAGACACCCGUUAUCAAUGACAAACAAAAGGACACCAAAACUCUGAUGCACCUUGAUGGAACUCCUAAUAAGAACAUUUCUAGCCUAAGCCACAGUCAGAAAUCUUUUGUCCCUGUCACAACAAGUUCAGUAAAAGCCCCACAGGUGCAUGGCUCAUCUGCAGCAUCUAUUAGUUCUAUAGCUGUGAAGAACCUUAAGUCACCAAAGCAACCAGUGUCUUUAAAUAUUAGCCAGUCACAGCCUGUCACAGAGAAGAGAGAAAAACUAAGUAGCAAUGCAAGCAAAUCCAAUAAGGCAGGAUUUGUGCCAGUUCAGUUCAGGUCUUCAGUUGAUUCUGAGAAUUACAUAACUAUACCUGUAAAACCGUAUGCUACCAAUGCCCAACAGUCUCACAGGGAACACAGUAGCAACACCAAAAGCCAAGGAGACAGUUAUCAGCCCCACAAACACUCAAGUACCGUUAUGGAGACACGUUCCCCAGAUACCCCUACUGCUACGAUCUACCAUCACCCUCUGCCCAUUACGAUGCACGCAGCACAGCCACAGGUAAUUUGUUUUUCUCCUACAGUGCAGCCAUCUCCCGUGCCCACAGACCACUUUCAGUCUACACAGAAAAAAAUGCUCCUAGAUCCCACUACUGGAAACUACUAUUUGGUUGACACUCCUGUCCAACCAGCCACAAGACGACUUUAUGACCCAGAAACAGGGCAGUAUGUUGAUGUCCCAAUGCCACAACCUCCUCCCAUGACCCCUGUACCUGUGCCUGUUUCCCCACUUGCCCUUAGCCCUGGAGGUUAUGGUCAUACCUACAUGUUCUACCCAGGAUACAUGGCCUCCACUGUGAUUCCUGCCCGGACCAUUCAGCCUCAGCUUUCUGUACAAUCAGAGGAGGAAGCAGGAGACAAAUCCCAUGCAGGGCAGCAGGGAGAUGAGGCAUACAUGGAAAGUCCUUAUUAUAUGCCUUCUGGGAAAUCUCUGCAGUUAACUCCAGGUGCUCAUCAUGUACCCACUGGCAGGGUGGCCACCAGCAAGAUACCUGUCAUUAGCAUCACCUCCCAGCAGGGGCCCAGGAUCAUCGCACCUCCCUCCUUUGAUGGAACCACCAUGAGUUUUGUGGUGGAGCACAGAUGACUGCCUGAAUGCUUACAACACAGGAGCUGCCUAUAAUACAUCCAGUCAGCACUUCCAAGAUCUGAUGUCUCUAUUUUAUUUUAUUGUUUGUCUAUAGCUUCCUUUAACAGGAAGACCCCUACCACUAUCUUUCACCACUUGCUUCAUCAUGUAAUGUAAUUCUUUUUUCCUCUCCUGUUUGCAGUGCAACAAUGCAAUGUCCUUUUCUCUGUAUAGCUCUUUUGCACCUUUGAGAAACCUGUUAAAUAUGCUUAUGUAAAUGAGAGUGAUGGUUUAAUGCUAUAUCAUCUCAGGCUAAAGCAAAACUAAUGAAUUGGGUCACAUAAUAAAUAUUGUCAAGUCAUAAGGAUUACGGCAUCACAUAGAAAGGCCUUUCUUCUUUAUGACCAAUUUAAUAUAAACUAGUCUAAUAUAAAAACUUUUCCCUGUUUAAGAGUAAUUCAUAAAGCAUAACAGUGCUUCAAUAAAAAGAACCACAAAAAAUCGUAAUUGCUUACUGCGGGUAAUUAAUGGUAAGAAUCAAGUACGUAUGUGGGAUAUGUAAAAGGACAAUAUGAGGUUUUGAACUGUGUCAUUUGUAGUAGUUUUAUAAAUGAGUUGUAGUUUUGAAGUAAUAAUCAUUAGAUCAUUACUUCAAGCAAGAUGCUGUUACAAAUUUUUGAAUAGUUAAAUAAUUAAUCGUAACUGGCUGAUGUGCAGGUCUUCCUGAUAAAUCCAUGAAUGAAAAAAAUAUUGCACAUGUCACAUAAAAUGUAAUAAGAAUAUUUAAAUGAACAGUCAUUAAUUACAUACCUUGUGAAAACAAAAAGGUAAAUGCUGACAAUUCGUAUGUUUUCUUUAAUAUGUUUCUUUGGAUGUGUUUAUAAUGAAUUUUUUUUUUUUUUGGCUGUGAUUCGAUGCAGGCACAAGCCCACAGAAUGAGCCCCAAUACUCAGUAUAACCGAUUAUAAACAAAUGUAAGUGUAAUAUUGCUUUUAUAACAGCUCUAUAAACAAGAAAUUAAUAUUGAGUAUUAGUGACAUAAAGAUUUCGUACACAAUAUUGACCAAAUGGUGAUUUUCGCCCCUUAACAGAAAGCGAUCCUGAAGAAGCCACACUAACUCUAUAGCGCACCAGGCACCAUCUUCCUUUCUUUAUAAUGGUUGUCAUAUUUGAAAGUUAUAUUUCUGAAAAGCACUUAUGUCAUGUCUGUUGACGAUUGUUACCAGUGCUGUUGUAGUUGGUGUUGGAAUUUUACAUGGCAAACAUAAGCAGGCAGAAAGAUACACACAGUGAAAAAAAAUAAAGGCACUUGGUCUUGGAACACAGUUCGACCAAUCAAAUUAGUGGACUGAAACUAAGUGUUGUAUAAACAUGUUUAUAUUAUAUGUUAUGUGAUUAGAUUGUUAUUAUUACUGGGGUCAUGAGCUGGCAGCUCACAGCUCACAGUAUUGUGAACACGUUGACUGGAAAAACAAUGGAAGGAAAAUAAUUGCCCCUUAUAUCUCAUAUUCUUUGACUUAAACUGUUUUAUGGCUUGGCUUUUAUUCCUCUUUUCUAAGUGGUGCUUUUAGUGAGUUUUUAGUAAGUUUUUAGUGACCUUUGGAUUACAGUACCAUGUGGCACUGUAUGUUAUGUUGUGUUCUGGUGCUCAGUGUACUGCGAGCUCCAUCACAAAACACAUACAGAGGUUUGUGUUGAUUUAUAUGGUGGAGAAUGAGAUGUUUUAGGGGACAUCCCUCCUCUAUAGAUCUUAAUCACUGUGCCAAUGCAAUUAAGUGGUUUGUGUAAGUGUAGGUAAUUAUGUGAACUUGAGCAUUUUAGCCUCAGCCUCUCUGGAAAGGGUGAUAAAAGCACAACAAUAAAAUAGGUUUUAAUGAGGAAAUGAGACAUAGGGUAGUUUAUUGUUUAUUAUCUAACCUGCUAAAUGCCAGAAUUCACAGGGAGAUAUGUACGGUUUUCUCUCGACUACAUUUUUGUUAGUAUUUUAAAUAUUUGAAAAUUGAAUUUUGUUUUUCAACUGACCCUAUUAGAAAUAGACAAAUACAGAAAUCAGCAACAUUAGCAAAUACACUGAAUGGCACUUUAUUAGGAGCACCUGUACACCUGCACAUUCAUGCAAAUAUCCAUUCAGCUAAAUAUGUAGCAGCAGCCCAAUGCAUAAAACCAUACAGAUACAGGUCAAGAGACUCAGUCAAUGUUCACAUCAAACAACAUAAUGAGGAAAAAAUCAUAUUGAGCUCAGUAACUUGUGAGUGACUGUGGCAUAGUUAUUCUUACCAAAUGGGCUGGUUCGAGCUCCUCUGGCACCAAAAACCUAGCCAUGACGUUAUUGAGAUCACAUUCCUCUCAUUCUGAUGUUUAUUGAGAACAUUAACUGAAACUCUUCAACCCUACCAUGAUUUUAUGCACUGUGAUUAAUAUUAAGAGGUACAGUUUAAUAUUCAUAUAUUCAUACAUAAAAAGUGUACUGACCCAAAAAUCCCAACUGUUAGUGAGGCUACUUUUAGUAAUAUAAUAUAGAUUAAAUUAUCAGGUAACAAAAUUCCAAUUUAGAAUUUGUAUUUAUUAAAUACUUGGGCCAUCUGCUUUCCUGUGAUGCUGUAGUAAAUUUAUAACUAGUUUAUUCACAUAUUAUUACACAAAGUUCUUUAAAAUCUGCACGGAGCUGCUGGUCAGUCCGCUGUGUUGUAAUAACGUUUGUUUGAAAUAUCUCUGAAUAUUUGGAUUUAGUUUAUAAUUUAGCUUUUAUUUUAGUUUCAAUUUAGUAAUAGCCUUAAAGUAGCACGUAGAAUAGAUUUUUUAAAUGACGCACCUGCUGCUAAUUCAGUACACCACUAUCCAAUAGGGAGUUUUUCAUCAAUAGUUAGAGCCACAAUUUCUUUUCAAGUGAACGUUAGACUGAAUGUGAAGUUAUGUUGAGAGGGUAAGAGGAAUCGUGUUAGGUGGGGAAACAGAUAAAUAGAUUAAUGAAUAAUGUAAUCAGAAGGCAAUAAUGAAUGUGUUACAAGUGAAAUGAAAGCAAAAGGAGGGAAGCUCCAAGAAAAGUCUAUAUUGUUGCAAAAAUAUUAAAUUGUCCUUGGAGUAUUUGCUUGUUUUUAAGAACAUACUGUAAAUUGUUCAAUAAAAUAAUGCAAUUUUCCAAAAUUUGUCUCAGUCAAUAAAUUAAUUACAAUUUAUUUUGCACAUUAAUUAAGUGAUUCUGCAACUACAAAAAAAUUGUAAUGAACUACACUCUAUAGCCAAACGUAUGUGGACGGUUGACAGUGGACCAUCAUUCCCAUCUGUGCCUGCUAAACAGCUUUCAUCUAGAUGUUGGAGCAUAGCUGUGGGGAUUUCCAAUUCAGGAAUAUUGCAGCAAUAUAUUCUACAAGAGCAAUAUUAAGAUUAGUCACUUUUGAAGAGAUGAUGACUUUUUUUAGAUGACUUUUCAUCCCAAAGAUGUUCAGUGAGGAUGAGGUCGGGGCUCUGUGCAGGACACACAAACUUUGGUAAACCAUUUUAUCAUUGGGAUCUUUGUGCAUUUCCAGUGAAGGGAACUUGUAAGAAGAGCCUACAAAUAUGUUCUAGACAAUUGUGUGCUUACAACUUAAUGGCACAUGUUAGGGAAGGCGUUCGCAUACUAUUGGCCAUACAGUGUAUUUUACACCUUCCCAAGAAUGUAUGACCUUA